GAGUGCGUGUGAGUGAGUGUGUGUGAGGGGGGCGUGUGCCGGACGCGGUUCCCCCUCACCCAACGGACGCCGGAGCCUAUCCUCUCGCCUCGUUCCCCGUCGUGUCCUCACCUGUGGCGGCGGCCAUGUCGGCGUUAGCGGAGGGAAGCGGCUGGUAGGCGGACGUAGGAGGGUCCGGGGCUCGGCCCCCGCUGUGGCGGAGCGAGAAUGAUGAAGUCCUCUGUCCAUCCAGAAGAAGAUGACUUUGUGCCAGAGCUUCAGAGAAGCAUCCACCCCCGAGAGAGGCCAGACUGGGAGGAGACUCUCAGCGCCAUGGCAAGAGGUGCAGACAUCCCUGACAUUGCAGGGGACUUGCCUCUCCGGACCUGUGGCAGCACAGCAAGUAUGAAAGUGAAGAAUGUGAAAAAAUACAUCAACCCGGGACUGAUGGGCUGUGAUGCCUUUCACAGGUUAUCCUUUACCAAGGGUCAUUUCCCGAAGAUGGCUGAGUGUGCACAUUUCCACUACGAGAACGUGGACUUUGGCAACAUCCAGCUUUCGCUCCCGGAGGAACAGAAUGAAGUAACGAGGAACGGCUGCGAAUCCAAGGAACUGGUCUACCUUGUACAGAUCUCUUGUCAGGGAAGGAGCUGGAUUGUGAAACGGAGUUAUGAAGAUUUCAGGGUCCUUGACAAACAUCUCCACCUCUGUAUCUACGACAGACGCUUCUCCCAGCUCUCAGAGCUGCCCCGCUCCGAUGCCCUGAAGGACAGUCCAGAGCUUGUCACCCAGAUGCUGAUGGCUUACCUGUCACGCCUCUCGGCCAUCGCAGGCAACAAGAUCAACUGUGGGCCUGCUCUCACAUGGAUGGAGAUUGAUAACAAGGGGAAUCACCUGCUGGUCCACGAGGAAUCGUCCAUUAACGUUCCUGCUAUCGCUGCUGCCCAUGUUAUUAAGAGAUAUAUUGCUCAAGCAGCAGAUGAGCUGUCCUUUGAGGUGGGAGACAUCGUGUCUGUUAUUGACAUGCCACCCAAGGAGCUGACCACAUGGUGGAGAGGCAAGCAUGGCUUUCAGGUUGGAUUUUUUCCCAGCGAGUGUGUUGAACUCAUUAACGACAAAGUUCCUCAGUCUGUGACCAAUUCUGUGCCAAAACCAGUGUCGAAGAAACACGGCAAGCUCAUCACCUUCCUCCGAACAUUCAUGAAGUCGCGCCCAACGAAACAGAAGCUGAAACAGAGGGGGAUCCUGAAGGAAAGGGUGUUUGGCUGUGACCUGGGAGAGCAUCUUCUCAACUCUGGCCAUGAUGUCCCCCAGGUCCUCAAGAGCUGCACAGAGUUCAUUGAGAAGCAUGGCAUCGUGGAUGGCAUCUACCGCCUGUCCGGCAUCGCCUCCAACAUCCAGAAGCUGCGCCACGAGUUUGACUCGGAGCAGAUCCCUGACUUGACAAAGGAUAUUUACAUCCAGGACAUCCACUGUGUGGGCUCCCUCUGCAAACUCUACUUCAGGGAGCUCCCAAACCCUCUGCUCACCUACCAACUCUAUGAGAAGUUCUCGGACGCUGUUUCUGCUGCUACCGAUGAGGAACGGCUGGUUAAAAUCCACGAUGUCAUCCAGCAGCUGCCCCCUCCUCACUACAGGACACUGGAGUUCCUGAUGAGGCACUUGGCUCGUUUAGCUGAUUACUGCUCCAUCACAAACAUGCACACCAAGAACUUGGCAAUUGUCUGGGCUCCAAACCUCCUCAGGUCCAAGCAGAUCGAGUCUGCCUGCUUCAGUGGGACAGCAGCCUUCAUGGAGGUGAGGAUCCAGUCUGUGGUGGUGGAAUUCAUCCUGAACCAUGUGGAUGUCCUCUUCAGCUCCAAACUCAGCUCAGUCAUACGAGAUGGAGCAGGGCACAGCUCUUUAUCAAGGCCCAAGUCACUGCUGGUGUCCUCUCCUUCCACAAAGCUGCUCACACUGGAGGAGGCCCAGGCACGGACACAAGCCCAGAUCAACUCUCCCAUCGUGGCAGACAGCAAAUACAUCGAAGUGGGAGAAGGCCCUGCAGCUUUACAGGGGAAAUUCCACACUGUCAUCGACUUCCCAUCUGAAAGGAAAAGGCCUCCCAGCAAGAUGAAGAAGUCACCAGUGGGCAGCUGGCGUUCCUUCUUCAACCUGGGCAAGUCUUCAUCCGUGUCCAAACGGAAGCUGCAGCGCAAUCCCAGCGAGCCCUCCGAGAUGAAAGCCAUAGCCCUGGCAGGUGGAAGAGGAGACAGCGGGACCCUUCGCUCGGCCAAGAGCGAGGAAUCGCUCACCUCUCUGCACGCCGUCGAUGGGGAAUCCAAACUGUUCCGACCCCGCCGGCCCAGGUCCAGCAGCGAUGCUCUGUCAGCCUCCUUCAACGGAGAGCUCCUGGGCAACAUGAACCGCUGCAAUUCCUACGACAACCUGCCCCAGGAGGACAGUGAUGGGGACGAGGGGCUCAUCCACGUCCCUGCCCUCAUUUCCCCUCGCUCCGCCGAGGACGUCGACCUCAGCCCGCCCGACAUCGGCGUGGCCAGCUUGGAUUUUGACCCCAUGUCUUUCCAAUGCAGCCCACCCCAAGCAGAGUGCGAGUGCCUGGACAGCAGCACCUCUCUGCUGGAAGCAGUGGGUGUGAGUAAGGAGAAGCCAAGCUUCCUAAAGAAGGAUACAGAGUCAGGCAGCCAGUCGCAGACACCCGGCAGCGCCACGAGCUCUGAGCCAGUCUCCCCUUUCCAAGAGAAGAUGAGUCCUUUCUUUACCAUGGACCUGAGCCCCACGGAAGAGAAGGCAAUGAAACCCCCUCCCUUCUCCCCCAAGGUGGGAAGGAAGCCCCUGAGAUCCUCCCCACCCACCCCCAUGGCUGAGCCCGUCUCCUUCCCACCGCCCGACACCGUGGGAGCAGCGGCCACCUCAUGCCGAAACUCCUCUGCUUGCGGCUGGGGCAAAGGCGCCGGCGCCACCGAAGUCACCAACAGGUCCCCAACACAGAUGGCCUUGCCCCUGAAAACCAGUGAGCCUGGGGAAGGAGCCCAGCAAGAGCUCCAGCAGGCCCAGCUAGGGGCUGCUGGCAAAGCAGAGUUGCCAGAAGAAGGGGAGAGACUCAUGGCAAGCAGUCAGAACCAGGCUGUACCCUCUGGACACGCACAGCCAGGAGCAGUUGCCCUCGACUCCCCCCAGGAUCCUCCUGUUCCCGUCAGUUCUGUGUCUCUUAUCCCUCCUCCUCCUCCGAAAAACGCGGCGCGCAUGCUGGCGCUGGCGUUAGCCGAGUCGGCGCAGCAGGCGUCCGCCCAGGCUCACAAAAGGCCGGGAGAUGCUCCCUCUGAAAGCACAAAUUACGGAGAGAAGGAAGCUGGCACAGCUCUAGAAAAGCUCCAUCUCUCUGCCUGUCCUCCAGACAAGUUGCACCUCCAUAGCGGCCCGCCCGACAGCCGGCUCCACUUCCGCAGCCUGGAGCAGGAGUCGCACGGGAGCGGAGCGCCCGGCGAGCUGAACCACCCGCCCGGUGCGCCUGGGAACCGGGAGCCCCCUCCUCUUCCUCCCCCUCCUCCUCCUGGGGAGCUGCCUGGGGGCAGGGAUGCAGAGCAGGAGCAGCUCGGGGGGGACAGAGAAGCUGCCCCGGGGGGCUGGGAGCAGGCGGCCCGGGAGCCCCCCGCCGCGGACAGGGCUCAGCUCCAUCUCCCCGCCUGCGCCGCUGAGGAUAAACUCCCGUCUCCUCCUCUGGUGAGCUCUGGGGAGAAAAGCCCCCCAGCUCCUGCAGCCUACUUCAGCACCAGCCCCCCGGCUCCAGCAGCCCCACCGCAGAGGCAGGAGCCCCCGGCAGCCAUGGGACAAGUGCCAGCCGCCCCCGGGAAGGCGUCCGGCAGCUCCAGCCAGGUUUGGGGUGCAGCUGCACCCGAGAAGCCACCUGAGCCCACCCCCGGCUUCGUCCCAGACAGCUGCUCAGCUGCCCGUUGCUCCUCUUCCCUCCCCACGGGGCCCCAGAGCCACUUGGAGAAGGCUCGGGAGGCCCCCCGGGCUCCCCCUCUGCACCUGCGCUCCGAGUCCGUCCCUGCCCACCCCUCCUACGGCUUCACCGCCCCGCUCCCGCCCGUCCGGACGCUGGAGAGCAAGCUGGCGGCCGCCCUGCACUCCGGCAACGCCGACUCCAUCCCUCCCUCCGCCUACCACCCCUUCCUCGGCUCCUCCAUGCUGGAAGAAGCCCUGCUGCCUCCCCCUCCGCCGCCGCCGCCCCCUCCCAAGCACUCCUCGCUGCAACCCGCCUACGCGCCGCACCCCAGGGCGGACGGCGCGGCCGAGCCCGAGCCUUACCCCCCGCACAGAGCCGCGCCGCCGCACCAGUACCACGCCAAGCCCGAGCAGCACCAGCCCUACGCCCCCCGCGCCGGCGCCUUCGCCCAGGGCAAGGCUCCGCACGCCAAAGCCCGCGGGCGCGCCGAGCUGGGCCCCGCCGCCUACGCCGAGGACGCGCCGCCCUACCCGAGCAUCCGGCGGGUGCAGUCGCUGCACGUCGCCCCUGCCGCCGCCGCCGUCCGCUCCGUGCCCAUCUCCCGCACCGAGGUGCCUCCGGACGACGAGCCCCUCUACUGCCCCAGGCCGCUGUACCAGUACAAGCCAUUCCAGCCCCACUCCGACUACCACGUCACUCAGCUCCAGCCUUACUUCGAGAACGGGCGGGUGCACUAUCGCUACAGCCCCUACUCUUCCUCCUCCUCCUCCUCCUCCUCCUACUACGACGGGAGCUUUUACGAGCUGGAUCCGUACAGCACGGUGAGGCUUCGGCCGUUCCCCGCUCUGCCCGGCAGGGAGCCGGCUUCCUACGCCUCGCGCUUCCCCGGCAAAGGCUCGUACCGCUCCCCGGGCUUGGCCGCGUACCCCCGCGGAGCUUUGGCGGGGAAGGAGCACAGCUUCGUGAGCAGGGACGUGCCGCCCGCCCCCGACGUCAAGCACGUGUACGUGUCGUGGGACCUGGAGGACAUGGACAAGUACCGGCUGCAGUCCCUCCGGCGCGAGAGCCGCGCGCGCCACAAGGCCAAAGGGCCGCCCGUGUCGCAGUACGACAACGUGGCGCCGCAGGACGAGCUGGGGGCGCUGGACGCCGUGCACUCGCGCAGCAAGUCCGACCCGGGCAGGAGCGGCCUCCUGAGCGUGGCGGAGGGGAAGGAGGGCAGGUACCCGGCCAAGGCCGCCGCCGCCGAGGGGGACGAGCGUUACUACGUGCAGCAGCACGCCGAGGCGGAGCCCGAGCGAGCCCACUACCCCUACGGCAGCGGGGCCCCGGACAGGCCGGCCCUGCCGCAGAAGCAGAGCAGCGUCCGCGGGAGGAAGCCGCACGAGGCCGGGGGCUGCGGCGCCGCCGAGCACCGGCCGCAGCAGGACGCGAGCCACAGGCAAGCUCCCGAGGCCAAGAACGGGCCCCCUUACCCCGAGUACAGGCCCAAGGGCGGCCCCGAGCCCCCCGAGUACCAGCAGGCGGCGGGGAAGUUCCUCCCCGACGGGCUCAGGCUCAACCCCACCAAGGAGGCGAGGCUGGCGGAGGACAGGCCGGAGCUGGAGAGGUCUCGAGCCAGAGCCUCGCUGGAGAAACACCCCCGAGACUGCUACAAGGAGGAGGAGCAGCAGCACCAUCACCACCAUCACCACCACCACCACCACCACCACCACGCCGCCUCCCCCAUGGCCCCACCGCCCAAGCCCGAGCGCAGCCACAGCCUCCGCCUGCAGCACCCCGAGAGCCUGGAGAGGGACUCGGCCCUCCUGUACCCCUACCAAACCCUGGGCAAACGCCAAAGCACCGUGACUGUGCUGUCCCAGUACGAUAACCUGGAGGAUUACCAUACCCUGCCUCAGCACCAAAGGGGGGGUUAUGGCGGAGGAGGAGGAGGAGGAGGCGGCGGGGGGUUUGUGCCCCCAGCUUUUGCUCACGUGCACAGUAGGACUUACGCCACGGCCCUGGGGCAGGGAGCUUUCCUCCCCACCGAGCUGUGCUUGCAGAGGCCUGAGACAGAGGUGCACGUGGAGUGAGCUGCUGUGGGGGAAGGAGGGAUAGAGUCUACGCAGCCUCUGCUGGACAGCGGACUGUUUUAUUUUUUCAGUGAUGGAAAACACCCCCCAAACACCCCUUCCUCCCAAAAAAAGCUUCCCCCAACCCUGCCCCAGUGUGCAAAGCCUCCCCCUCUGCCUCCACCCCUCACCUCCAUCCCCACCCCACUCGCUGGUUUGAUGGAGUAGAGGGGUUGGUGGUCUUUUCUCUCCCCCCUCCCCGCCGUGGAGGUUUAGGACAGCUGUUGUUGGGGUAGGGAAGGAAGGAAGGAAGGAAAAGGUUUUUGUCCUUGCCUGGAUUUGCUGGUGGCAGCUCCCAGCGCUCCCCUCACCGUCCCUGUGCAUGAUGUAGCCGUGCAUGCAGCUCUCCUGCCAGCCAGCCCUGCGUGGAGUAACGUGCUCAGCCCAUCACCACCUCCCCCAGGAAGAGGCUCCAGGGCCUUGGAAGAAGCCUUGUUCUUCCCCCUUCCUCUCUGAGGUGGGUUUUCUUCUCAAGGGCCUGCCUCCUCCUUGAAGAAGAU